AGCGGCGGCAGCAGGUACAAACGCCCUUCAGCGAGCCCAGACUCGGCGCGUCCCAGGGGCUCGCAGCUCGACUCUCCUUUCCGCAGGGCUGUGUCUGGAGUGGGCGGUCCUGGUGCAGAAUGGCCCACUCCCCAAGCCCUCCCUGCAGGCUCUGCCCAGCUUCCUGGUGCCCCUGUGGGAGCCGGUGACCGUCCGGUGCCAGGGGCCCCCAGGCGUGGACUCGUACCGCCUGGAGAGACUGCGGCCCACGGAGUACAAGGACCAGGCCACCCUCGUCAUCCCGGCCAUGAAGGCGGAGUUUGCAGGACGCUACCGCUGCUUCUACCAGAUGGGCGCCGGCUGGUCCCCCGCCAGCGAGCAGCUGGAGCUCGUGGCUACGGGAGCUUUCGACAAGCCGUCCCUCUCGGCCCGCCCCAGCACGGAGGUGUCCCCGGGAGGCCGCGUGACUCUGCAGUGCCGGGCCACGUAUGGCUUUGACCGAUUUGCCCUGUACAAGGAGGGGGACCCGAGGACUUCCCAGAGGCCCGGGAAGUGGUACGAGGCCGACUUCUCCCUCGGCGCGGUCACGCCCGCCGUCGGGGGCACCUACCGCUGCUACAGCUUUUCCAGCAAGUCCCCGUACCUGUGGUCGGCCCCCAGCGACCCCCUGGAGCUCACGGUCACAGGGUUCCCAGAAGCCUCGGGGAAAGUGACCGCCUCGCCUCUGGGCGCCGUCUCCGCACUUGCCUCCUCUCCCGAGUCCUCCAGGAACAUCACUGUCCCCCCAAGGGCGCCACACGCUCCCAUCGUUCCUGCCCGCCAGUACUAUACCCAGGGCAAUCUGGUCCGGAUAUGUCUUGGCGCUGUGAUUCUGGUAGUCCUGGUGGGGCUCCUCGCGGAGGAUUGGCACAGCCGGAAGAAACGCCCGCUGCGCAGAGUCAGAGCUGAGCAGAGGCCACUCCCGCCUCUUCCUCAGGCCCGGAAAUCCCAUGGCUGUGAGGAUGGGGGUCGACCAGAUGUCUGUAGCCCCAGGGCCUGCCAUUAGAACCCCAGACAAGGUUUUAUCCAAAGGAAAGAUUGUGGGAGUGGACUAGGGAACAUGUGUGGAGAGUGGGGGGCAUGCAAGCAAGAAGGAAGAGGCUGCGGCUGUGGACGGAGGGCUCUGGGCCUUCUGGUGCCUCUUCAGGGGCUGUUGAGUCAGUGUCUGGCUCUCGUCCAAGGACAUGCCAUAUUUGCGAUGGGAGAAGCAAGUGCAAGCUCAAGUUUCCUCACUGAUAUUUUGCACACUGUGGCUCUCACGGUCCCCUGACCAGAUCACCACACUGGCCUCUUUCUCUGUCCCUUCCCAUUAGGGGUUCCAGAAAGAUCUCUAACACUCUCAGGUCCACGGCUCUGCUCUGUCCUCUGCAAACUCCUCCAUGUUCCCCCUCAGUCCUCUGUGCUUGCCGGUGGCUAUUCUCAGGCCGAGCCCUCACCCAGGCGCCACAGGCCGAUAAAUGUCCUUGUGCUCUUGCGAUGGGCCUGGUCCUCUCAGGAGGUUGGGCGUGGCAUUCCUCUUUACUGUAAGAGUUCACUGUCCGUGGCAUCCCUUCAUGCUGGAAAAGCGGUCCAAUGUCCGAACACUGCUCCAAAGGCCAGCAAGGUAAACCAUAGAUCCGGAAGCAGAUGGGAGAUUGCCAGGAGCUGGAGGGUGGCAGAGACUGGGAAUGGCGGGUUAUCAGCUCCAGGGUUUCACCCCAGGGUGGUAUAGACGGAGGUGAUGGUUGCACAUUGUGAAGGCACUGCAAGCCAGUGGUGGCUCACUUUCAAAAGCUUCAUUUUGGGGCCAGAAGGUGGUGUAGUGGUUAAGGUGCUGGACUCCCACAUGACUGACUGCGGUUCAAGUCCCAGAGCCAGCAGCCUGACACACCGGGUGUGUGUGUGCAUGCCCAAUAUCCCGGGAGGAGAAUGGAGACGGGACUGCGGUGUGGCUCCGCCCCUGGGGGUGGGUCCUCACUUCCUCUCUGUCUUUCUGGCAAGUACAACAAAAAUGUCUUUAAAAUAUUGCUUAAUUUUAAGUUAUGUAAAGUUUGCUUUAAUAAAAAUGAAAAUAACC